AUAGUUGAGCUAUCGAUAGUGCCCUCGAUUGUUCGACACCUCACACCUCUAAUUUGCUAAAGAAAUAAUAAAAUAAGAUGCUGUCGCAAACAAUUCUGACUGGAGUGCGUGUGCUCCGCACGGAGGCUCGCCGGAACUUUGGCCUGGCUGCCCCAGCCCUGAACAAGGCCUCCGAUCCCAUCCAGCAGCUGUUCCUCGACAAAGUGCGCGAGUACAAGCAGAAGAGCAGCGGUGGCAAGCUGGUCGAUUCCAAUCCCGACAUUGAGCGUGAGAUCAAGACCGAACUGGACCGUGUGGCCAAGCAGUUCGGCAGCGAUGGCAAGACCGAUAUGCUGAAGUUCCCCGAAUUCAAGUUCCCCGAGGUCAAGGUUGAUCCCAUCACCCAGAGCGCCAACUAAACAAUGAAUUAGUUGAAUUCUUUUUAAGUUCUUCUUUCUUUUGUCUCUUCGGCGUUGCAAGAGUGACGUCCCAGAGGCGAGGCUUGCAAACAGCAACCAAUAAAUCCGGAAAACAAGCGAAACGUUUGUGAAAACAUCAA